AUGGACACCACCAAAGAGGCUCUCGAAGUGCUCUUCUAUUAUCACAACCAAAAAGUUAAGGUUCAUGUCGUAAAGUUUGACCCGUACUUAACCCACGGGAAUGAGGCGUUCACUCAUCACAUCUCUCUGUACUCCUGCAUACAUCCCAACCCUAUUAUGUUAGAAGAAUACCUCAACGACGAGGGCUCUGACUGUACGGACAGCGCAGUUAUGCCCAAAGAUUUGAAUCAUUGUUUUGUACCGAACCUAAUGUGGGCCGUAGGCGCCGGGUCUUUCAAUCUACCGCCUGAUGUGGCCUUUCCAUUGGGUUCACCACAAGAACACACGUAUGUAAUGCUUAACAUACACUACGAUAAUCCGGAAAACAUUGCAAAAGUGGUCGAUUCGUCCGGAAUUCAAGUCUUUUACACAAAGAAUCACAGAAAGUAUGAGGCCUUCAAUAUGGGUAUCGGUUCACCACUGGAUAACCGCAUAUUCAUACCUCCAAAGCAACAGCACUUCCACAUCACUGGCCACUGUCACACCAAAUGCUUUGAAAAUUUUAUGGACCCUGAUGGUGUGAAGGUGUUUGCCAUAUGGCCUCACGCCCACCUCUUAGCGACUAAACUAAAAGUGAGACAUUUCCGAGACCAGGAGGAGUUGCCAUGGAUUGAGUUCGACCAGAAUUAUGACUUCAAUUUGCAAUCAUUUCGUGUAUUGAAUCCAAUGAGAAAAAUCAAAUUUGGAGACCAAUUGACUGUUGAGUGUGAAUACGACUCGAGUGCCAAAAAUAAAACCGUUUUGGGUGGGUACGGCACCAGUGAUGAGAUGUGCACCGCAUGGCUCUACUAUUACCCCAAAAUGAGCAAAACUAAGCCCUGUUUCAGUGGACUCACUGAUGAUAACAGGCGAAGAGUAGCCGGUAUUUCAUCCAAGUCUUCACUGAGUGCUUCCCGACUGACUGACUAUUUGAGUUCAAAACAGGACUGGAAUCAAUCAAUUCUUGACAAAUCAUAUGAUAUUAUGUUAAAUAUAACACAAAGACUUGAGUGUUAUUGGCUUAAGACUGGCAAUGAAUAUGAAGGACUCGUUGGCUAUCCUUAUAUUAAACAACCCUAUCCAUCGCCACAUUUUUGGUGUACCGACACAGACAUCGGUUUCAAAAUCCUCCCCGAAAUAGAUUGGUUUGACUGUUGUGUUCAUUACCUUUCAUUUGUGUCAUCUAUUGAUACAAAUGACUGGAACUAUCACUUAUGGUUAGAUCCACACGAGAAAUAUAGCCUUAAAUGGAAAGUCGAUUCAAACAAUCAAAGCAUUACUUUCUUAUGUGAAGUCCAGACCAGAGGUUGGAUUGGUUUCGGUCUUUCACCCAAUGGUGGUAUGAAAUCAAGUGAUUUGAUUAUUGCAUGGAUUGACGACAACACAGGAAUCACUUAUUUUAAUGAUCGGUUUGCUUCGGAAGAAUCGGUGCCACAAAUAGAUGAGAGUGAGGACUGGUAUCUCAUAGACUCAGUACAGAACUCAACGCAUACUAUCAUUCAAUUCAGUCGACCCCUCAUUACUUGCGACCGAAACAAAGACCGAGACAUCACUCGAGACACAACUCGUCUUAUCUAUGCGUUCAGUGAUUCCGACCCCAAGUCUGUGACAGACAUUAAAAUUCAUGGACACCACCAAAGAGGCUCUCGAAGUGUUCUUCUCUUGUCUCAACCAAAUUCUCUGGAAUCUGAGCCACAAGAAUAUGACUUAAAAUCUCUUGUUUUGAAUGUUAAAAACGUGGCCUUUUCAUUAGGCGACGACCCGUCCAACACUUACUUAAUGCUUAAUAUACAUUACGAUAACCCGGAUCACAUUGAAGGGUUGGUUGACUCUUCAGGACUCGAACUCUUUUAUACGAAACAGUACCGCAAAUACGAGGCAUUCCUUAUGACUAUUGGCUCCACAUUUGACUACCGAAUGCUUAUACCUCCCCAUCAGAAGCACUUCCAUGUCAACAGUCAUUGUCACACAAAAUGCUUUCAAAAGACUAUGAAUGAGAACGGAAUCACUGUAUUUGCUGUAUUCCUUCACAUGCAUUAUUUAGGACGAAGAAUAAAAAUAAGACAUUUCAGAGGCACUCGGGAGCUUCCAUGGCUUGACUUUGACCACAAUUAUGACUUCAAUUUACAACCGUUUCGCACAUUGAGUCCAACCGUUCAAAUCAAAUCCGGGGAUCAGUUGACCGUUGAAUGCGAUUACGACUCGAGUCAUAGGAAUACAACUACUUUUGGAGGUUUGCGUACGAGUGAUGAGAUGUGUUUGGCUUUCCUCUACUAUUACCCGAAAUUAAGUCAAACUAAUGUCUGCGUGAGCGGACUCACCCAUCAGUCCAUACAAAGAUUGGCAGACAUUGACGAAGACAUUGAGUUUGGAAACGAUUCAGAGCUCAUUGAUUAUAUCAGGGCUAAAUCAGGCUGGAAUGAGACAGUGAUUAAGCAAACAAAUGAACUCAUCUUAAAGUCUAAGCAAAAGCUCGAGUGUUUUGUCUUCCGUACGGGCCUUGACUUAGAGUUUAAUGAACUCAUCGGUUAUCCAAAUGUGAAGCAAGUCUACAAACCCGUCAAAUAUGACUGCAAAGCCAGUGUCAUUCAAAUCACCAGCAAUACUACUCACCUUAAUCAUUGA